GAUAAACCCGAUGAGCUCCUGCAGUCGGACAGCAAGUUCCCAAGCGGCCACAACCCCGUCGUGGGCCGUGAAUCCAAGGUCAACAAAUAAGCGUGUAGACACGCGCCUACAGCUAUAGUGUAAUUGAAGGACCUGUCAUAUCCGAUUCGUACACACCACUCGUAUAUUGUACCAUCCUAAUCGGCGCGCGGCGUAUACGAGUCGACUCGACUCGACUUGCAUCAUGUUGGCGCUCGAUACCAUCCGCAUGACUGGCGUCCUUUUCUCCAUCGCGAUCUGUAUAUAAUCGUCUACAAUUAGCGUUGCCCGAAAGAAUAGAGUAAGCUCCAUUCAGCUCUUAAGAUGCUAUGUUUUUAUCGAUGCAUCUUCUUUUUGCCGAGGCAUGCUGCUCUCACCGCUCGCUAGUUUCUUCAGUCUCCACACAUAUCCACAUCCCCGCCACAUCAACUGUAUUUUUCGUUCCAGAGCAGUGGAUACAACCCAUCAGCCAUGGCUGGGCUGUGUAUCAGUUCAAGUCUAUAUUUGUUCUAUUUUACAACCUUGCCAUCGACCACAUCUGCGAUAUCAACUCUUCUUCAGUAGUAUAGUGGUCAGUAUUUCCGCUUGUCAUCCAAGUCUUCUAGGCUGCUUGACAAUCCGCGGGAGACCGGGGUUCAAUUCCCCGCUGGAGAGUACUACUAUCGCGCUUCUUUUUUGCCGUUGCUGUGCAGGAUGGGGGGUUUUUUUGGACGUGGUCGCUUUUUUUGCGUACCCAACACGUAUGUAUUACCGCGCCAUCAGGCUUGUCCACAAAUGUCUCCUGAUAUGUGACUGGCACUCUUAUACUGCUGUCGCCUAUUUUUCUGCUGCCAGUGGUGGAGGGAAGGAAAUUGUUGUCUAAGACAAACGACUAUACAGUCAAACUUCAAGACAAAGGAAGAUCUAAGGGAUAUAAGGACUACUUCACGCGUAGAUAGGAUACUACAACUGUUACCUCAAUACACUUCAGUUAGUC